AUGAAGACUUCAUUUCAGAAACAAGUUAUUGGAAUUCCAAUCAGAUCAGCAGCAUAUUCAGUCCAGAAGAUGCCAAGACUGUUACUUGAAAAUGCUGAGCGGCGCUAUAUUCCAACUCCUGCAAAUAAAUCUCUCACAUGCAAGCAAAAUAAAGUAGAUUCAAUGCUUAAAAGGAUGAACAAGUUAGGGAAAAAAGCUGACAAAUUUGCGCAUGGGAUCCGAGAGCAUGUGAGACUGGGAACCAAGAUCACUGAAACUCUUGUAGGGAAGCUGAGCUUGGGGGCUAGAAUUAUUCAAGUAGGAGGGGUGAAGAAAGUUUUUAGGCAGCUAUUUACUGUUAGUGAAGGAGAAAGAUUGUUGAAGGUUUGCCAAUGUUAUUUGUCAACCACAGCUGGUCCAAUUGCAGGCCUUCUCUUUAUCUCUACAGAAAAGGUUGCCUUCUGCAGUGAGAGAUCAAUUAAAUUGUCUUCUCCAGAAGGAAAACUGGUCAGAAUUCAUUAUAAGGUAGUGAUCCCAUUAAGAAAGAUAAAGACAGCCAACCAAAGUGAGAAUGUGAAGAAGCCAUCGGAGAAGUACAUAGAAAUAGUCACAGUAGAUGGUUUUGAUUUCUGGUUUAUGGGUUUCUUCAGCUAUCAGAAAGCUUUUAAGUCUCUUCAUCAAGCAGCAACUCAAGCUCACAUGAAUAUAAGUCAGUCAACUCUGAUGUAA